AUGAGUGAUAACGACGACGAAAAAUCCUUUCCAGGUACGUUAAUCGACCCGGACACCUGUGAACAUCAUUAUCAUACAUCUCACCAUCAACGACAUCCACACAGUCAUCAUGCGCCUGCACUGGUCGAACUUCACAUUCAUCUCGAUGGUUCCUUUCGGCAUUCGACACUAUUCGAACUGGCUGAAAAGAAGGGUAUUUCACUUCCAAAUGGCAUGAAAGCAACAAUUGAAGACUUUAUACCGUAA